AUGAAGCCGGUGGUAGAAAAGAUUUGUACCUUUUCUCUUGCUCAAAGUUGUGAAGCUAUGGAAAAUUUUGUCUCAUAUGUCAGUUCUAAGUACGAGGCAAAUGCCAUGAAAGCAAUAUCUUAUGUUAUCCUUGGCUGCGUUUCGCUUUUGAUUUUUGUGAUACUAAGAUGGACCAGGACCAAGCCCAAGCCCAAGCCCAAGCCCGAGCCCAGAGUUCACGCUACCAGGUCCUUCAUCGUUAGACAACUCCAUAGUGGGUAUCCAGCAUUGGAAAGACUGAUGGAAGAACAAUACGAAAAUCCAUCAGUACUAGAAAGUGCCUAUACUCUUAUCAUGCAAUUUGGAAAUGAAUUUCCUGAUUUGAGGAUUAUUCAGCAAAAAGUAAAAGAGUUGGAAAUGUGGGGAGAGGAAGAUUAUGCAGAGAAAAUACUUAGACUAGCGUUGAAAGAUGCGAAUGAAAAGCAGAAACCACAUGAAGCCUACGAGUAUGAGAUGUUUUUAGUAGAAGUGUUGAUCUACAAGGGAGGAAAGUCAGAUUUAAAAAGUGGGUUGAAAUGUGAAUGCUUGGCAGAAGAAUCCCUUAAGGAUGCACGACGCCCACUAUUCAAGGCAAUUAUGCACAAAAUGCUGGAGAACAGGGAGAGAGCUAAAGAAAAUUGGGAUGAAUUCAUUAUGGUGCGAGACCCAGCUAUCGGUCAUCAAAUUGAUAUCGAUUUUGAUCAGUUUGAGCAUCACGUGCUUCGACUUCAAAUUGCUACCAAAAAGGCUGCAGAGAGAAAGAUCCAAAUUAACUCCUUCACAUCGUAUAAAUAA